GGGGAGACAGACUCGGUUACAGCCUGGCAUUUGUAUCGGAGCGUCUCAGGGACUAGUAACAACAGCGAGCGCGACCAAACGGAGGAGGAAAAUUUGGGGUAUGAGAGCCGUCGGAAUCUGCUCCCAUCCUUCGCUGCCCAAGACCCAGUCUGACUGACAACCACUGGAUCACCACCGCCGCCGAACCAUCUGUCGGAAGAACCUAGUAUCGGCAAGCUGACAGGACACCAUGGAGCUCAGAGUGGGGAAUAAGUACCGACUGGGACGGAAAAUUGGGAGUGGGUCUUUUGGGGACAUUUACCUUGGUGCCAACAUCGCGACAGGGGAAGAGGUGGCCAUCAAGCUGGAAUGUGUGAAGACCAAGCACCCGCAGCUGCACAUAGAGAGCAAGUUCUACAAGAUGAUGCAGGGGGGAGUGGGAAUCCCCUCGAUAAAGUGGUGUGGGGCGGAGGGGGACUACAAUGUGAUGGUGAUGGAGCUGCUGGGUCCCAGUCUCGAGGACCUCUUCAACUUCUGCUCCCGCAAGUUCAGCUUGAAGACUGUGCUCCUGCUGGCUGAUCAGAUGAUCAGCCGCAUCGAGUACAUCCACUCCAAGAACUUCAUCCACCGGGAUGUCAAGCCAGACAACUUCCUCAUGGGCCUGGGCAAGAAGGGCAACCUGGUGUACAUCAUCGACUUCGGGCUGGCCAAGAAGUACCGUGAUGCCCGCACCCACCAGCACAUCCCUUACAGGGAGAACAAGAACCUUACAGGCACCGCCCGAUACGCCUCCAUCAACACCCACCUGGGCAUCGAGCAGUCGCGGCGUGACGACCUGGAGUCUCUGGGCUACGUGCUGAUGUACUUCAACCUGGGCUCGCUGCCGUGGCAGGGCCUCAAAGCCGCCACCAAGAGGCAGAAGUACGAGAGGAUCAGCGAGAAGAAGAUGUCCACUCCCAUUGAGGUGCUCUGUAAGGGCUACCCCUCUGAGUUCUCCACCUACCUGAAUUUCUGUCGCUCCCUGCGUUUCGACGACAAACCAGACUACUCAUACCUGCGACAGCUCUUCAGGAACCUCUUCCACAGGCAGGGCUUCUCUUACGACUACGUCUUCGACUGGAACAUGCUUAAAUUUGGCGCAAGCAGGACGGCAGAGGAUGGAGAGAGGGAGCGGAGGGGCGGAGACGAGAGGGACGAGCGCAUCGUGGGGGGCCCCCGGGGGUCGGCAGCCCGGGCGCUGCCCCCUGGCCCCAACCCCCCAGCCUCCAACAGGGUCCGAAAUGGCCCAGAACCUGCCAUCUCCAACCCCACCUCCAGGGUACAACAGUCCGGGAACACGUCUCCGCGCGCCAUCUCCCGUGCCGAGAGGGAAAGGAAGGUGAGCAUGAGGCUGCACCGCGGCGCCCCGGCCAACGUGUCGUCGUCUGACCUCACGGCCCGCCACGACCAAUCCCGCAUCUCCACGUCACAGGUAUGCGACCCUUCUCACCUGGGCGGACACCCUGCCCUGCCCUGCCCCGUCAUGCCCCGCAGCGCUCGAAUGUGUCAGAGGCCAAAGUCUGCAAUAGAAGGAUCACUGAAGGCUGAUGUGUAA